AUGCUUGUUUCCGCUUCCGGUAAUGGGCUCACGCUGGGCAUACCUGAUGCCUCGGAUGCGGUGGACGACUCCAAGGCCAAGUCAUUUAGGAGGUCACGCUCGGGCUGCUAUACUUGUCGACUACGACGGAAGAAGUGUGAUGAAGAGCGUCCAGCUUGCACAGCAUGCACGAAGCUGGGGUUGAAGUGCGACUAUAAACCACCCCAAUGGUGGGUCAGUGCCGAGACGCGGAGGAUGCAGAAGGAAAGAAUCAAAGAUCGAAUUCGGCAGACGAAGACAAUGGAGAAACAUGGAUCAUUGCAAGAAUAUAUGGAACGCAUUCGCGCAUUGGCCCAGAAACCUUCUGCUACAGGGGAGGAAUAUGACUUCAACCGACCUGUUUUCGCCAAUCAGUACAAUUGCAACCCAUUCGUGGCACCUCUUUUGACACCAGUGACCCCGUUCAAUGUCGAUAUUCGAACUGAUCACGAUAUUGCACUCAGCAACGUGCCCCUACCUUAUGGUACAUCAUUGGCAACCUUGAAUUCUAUGGCUCCUCAACCACAAUUUCAGAUCACAUCGCCACUGACCCCAGCUUCCGCCGGGGUGGAGUGGUCGCAGAACACUUUGGGCUACACGCAACCGUACACUAUCCUAAGUCCUACAGGUUUACCCUAUCAACAGAAGCUAGUGUCAGCGGAACUCCAGACGAUGAUUCCCCUGGACGCUCACGACCGGCCACUUCUGAACCAUUUUGUUGACAAGGUCCUGCCCUUGGUAUUCCCGAUUCUUGAAGUGCAUCAGCAGGGCCCCGCGCGUCUGCAAGAAAUCAUGCAUUCACUGCAGACGAAUAAAUCGUAUCUUCAUUGCUGCCUAAGCGCAUCUGCAAUUCACCUCAAAACCAGCAGGGGUUUGACGGAUCAGAUGGACUAUGACAUCAUGCGCCAUCGCUACGAGGCAAUCUCACAGCUUUGCCGGACACUGAACGGUGGGCCUAGUCACGAGCAAGUCUUGGAUGCAACGCUUGCGAUGAUCUUCUACCAUUCUUCUGUUGGCGAAACACAUGAUUAUCUCCCGGAUAUCCCAUGGAGCGCCCAUUUCAAAGCAGUGUCCAGUCUUGUUAACAAGCCCAAUUGCGCGCCCACUCAGUUCAAUGUCUCUCUCAUCACUUGGAUUGAUAUUCUCGGUGCCACAAUGAUGGGCCAAACACCACACUUUGCUCAUACCUACCGCACCAAACAUCUCAGUGGUACUUCUUCCGGUCUGCAGCAGUUGAUGGGGUGUGACGACCGGGUGAUGUACCUGAUUUCUGAGAUUGCGUGUCUGGAAUCGCUGAGGCUAGAAGGGAGAAUCGACGAUUUAGCUCUAUCUCAACAUGUAUCCGCGCUGGAUGCUCAGCUGGAGUGGACUGAAUCCGCUGACCGCACCCUGGAGACGCCUUACCUGAUGUCCGGGUUAGUCAAUCCUGAGCAGCUGACAAAGAUAAUUACCGCCCUAUUUCGUAUAGCUGCCCGCCUAUACCUAUACAGUCUGAUGCCUGAGUUUGGUUGUUAUGCUCCAUCCAGUAUCACUUUGGUCGCUUCCGUGGGAGAGAUACUGCAAUGCCUCCCGGCAGGACUUGCGGGAUUCGAUCGCUGUCUUGUUUGGCCACUAUUCAUUGCAGGGGCAGCUUCAGCACCCUACAGUGGAUAUCGAAAAAUACUGACCGAUAGGGUCGCGGCUAUGGGACGUUUGAGCGACUUUGGUAGUCUUGGACGAAUGUACCGCGUGCUACAAGAACUCUGGAAGCAGUCGGAUGAUCCGAUUGCCACAUCUUCGAGUAAUCCAGCUCGCGCUCAAGACAGGCUUUACUCGACUACACACGAGAGUGCGGAGUCUGCGCCCCAACAGAUACGACUCCACUGGCGAAAGUUGAUGCAACACAAGAAAUGGGACUAUUUGCUAAUAUAG